AUGCACCAGUGCCUGAUGUACAGCGUCCUUACCUCGAUGAACUUCUUCAAGUACUACAUCCACGGCAAGGUCUUUUCACGGUGGCAGCAGCACACGCGGUUCACGCUGUACUGCCAUGCCAGGAAGAAUUUGGUCAGGCGGCUGUUUUUGGCGAAGCCGCUCUUUGUGGGGCCCCUCAUCAAGAUUUGCUCGCUGAUGCGCGAGGUGGAGUCCGUAAAGGUCGUCAACAUAGGCAGCAAUGUGUACAACUUGGCGGAUUUCGAUCGCGAGCAGGCGACGGUUCGGUCGGCGAGCUGCGCGCAGAAGGAACUCGAGAUGCUCCAUGAUCAGACGGUGGCUGCUAUGGACAAGCUGGUGCAGGUUGUAGGCCAGGCGACGGAACCGCAGAGCCACGAGCCGCCGCAGGGGACGAUGAGGCCGCGGAUGAAGUCCAUGGUGCAGGAGAAGAAGGAGGCCUCAGACAGUGCACGGCGGCACCGCCUUGCCGUCCACGACAACCAGAUGCUCGGAGACUGCGUGCGGCUUGUGGACUACAUGUUUCAGGCGUGCCUCGUGAAGGUGGUCAUCAACGCAUCUGUGGAGUUCUUCAACCGGGUUGACAGCUCGACGAAGAUGUUUUCGAUUUCCGUGGCGUAUGGCGAGAAGACUAUGGUGUUCGAUCCUUCGCUGGACCAGUUCCUUGAGAUGCUGACAAAGCUUUGGCGUUCCUCGGUUCAGGUGGUGAAUGGCAUCCUCUCGCUGCUGAGCUCGCCGCACUAUGUGAAGCACCUUUCUUCCUCCACUGGCAGCACACAGACGGUGGAAAGCAUCCUACACCACAACCGGCAGUUCAACCACUACACGGCUGCUGUGCGCGAGAAGAUCUUUACAGACAUCACCAAUGCGCAGAAAUUCUCGGACAAGCAUUUCGAGCUGUUCCGGCGCAUCCAUGACUAUGGAAACAACUGGGACGAAGAAGCCUACCUGUCUUCCACGACUUCUCACGAGGAGCUUGCCUCCGACAUGGGCCGCAUGCGCGAGUUCCAGGCGGAUCUGGACAAGUACAAGCCUCACCACAAUGUUGGCAUCAUCGUCGUCGACGGGCGAACUCUGCGGGCGAGCCUGCAGCCCGUGCCAGAGCGGGGCCUGGCGGCGAUGAAGAAGGCGCUCACGGACAUCGCCCGGCGCAAGUGCCAGGGUGUUUUGCAGCGCUUCGACCAUGCCAACAAGAUUCUGGACGAGCGGCCGAAGAGUUUGACGGCCUAUGCAGACUACGUCAAGGCACCGCUCAAGCCGUGGAUCGCAGCGGUUCAAAAGCACGCGGAAUUCGACCUGCAGGAUCCCAGCGCCGCUGGAUCUUGGCAGUGCGUGUGCGAGGGGUCCCUCCCUCUUGGGGGCGAUGAGUUGUUGAUGGACGUCUCUAGCUUCGCCGUGAAAGGUUGGAUGGAGCCUUCAGAAGCAAGGAGGGCUGCGCAGGCGCUGCUGGCUGGCAAAGUCCGCGGCGUCAGGCGGAAGUGGGAGCUGCUCGGCAGCUACUCUGCGGAGAGAACGGAGGAGAUCCUUGCCAGCUUCCGGCUGGGCGCGUCUCUGGCGGAGCGCUGCGGCCUUGAGAAAGCGGAAGGACAAAGCUGGCUGGACGCCGUCCGCUUGCUGCGCAGGCGGUCGGAGGAAUUGGACGAAAGCCCGGCAGCGCUUUGGCAACGUGUCGAGCGGCAUCCGAUUGCCGAGUAUGUCCAUGUUCAGUGCCAGAGCUGUGGGCACCUCAUUCCGGACAGCUUUCCUGCCGAGGAGGAUCCCAACUUAUCCGAGGAUGAGCCCCAGCCAGAAGAGAGGCCUUUCGUGCGGGCCGGAUGGUUUCGUGGGCCGCGAGGGGCCGUGGUGUUCGUUUUCCGCUGCCCGGAUUGCGGGGCUGUCUCGCGCUGGUUUCGUGCAACGCACCCGGAGGUGACGUUGAACCCAAAUCGAUGGGGCCGCCUCUGCGGCGAGCAGGAGGACUUGAAGGCCUGGCUGGCGCAGUACUUGGGCGUCCGACUGCGUGUUUGCCUUCCACUGGACUGGGAUCACGUGUGGACCGAAGUCUUCGAUGGGGACUCCUGGCGACCAUUGGAUCCGAACUGUGUCGACUUUGCCAGACGCCUCAACGAGGGCAUUGGUUCCUGGACGCACGUCCUGGCCAUCGGCACCCCAGGCAGUGGGGACAUGGUGGCAGCCACGGAAGAGGUCACGGAGAAGUACCUGCGCAUGGCGAAAGCCAGCGAGGACGAGGUCACAGCCUGGCGCCGGCAAAUCCACAGCGCCAGGGAAGACCCCACAGGGCAGGAUACGCAGAGCCGGACAAGUCACGGGCACACGCUGCUCUGCGCCGGCCUCGAGGACCACGAGAUCACCGCCGAGCUACGGGCUGCGCAGCGCGCGUUCGAUGCAGAAAAAAGACAAGCCUUCAACGACAUCAAGAACCAGGAAGCUCAGAUGGAGGAAAUGAGGGAGGAGGUUGAGUCCAUGUACCAGCUGCUCCGGCAGUACAACGUGCGCGUCAGCGGAGACGACACGGUGCAGAUGGAGUUCCUGCAGACCAAGGGCUCGGACUUUGCUGAUCGCAAGCUCAUCGAGGGCAACGCGUACAUCCGGGAGAAGGCCGACGAGAUGGUUGAGAGCUUGAGCGGCGUCUCGCAGCUCGCGGAGGAGGAGGCGAAGAAGCUCACGGAGCAGUUGCGGUCCGGCAGCUUCGUCUCGCAGGACAACAUCCAUAGCCCCGAAGUCGUCUUGGAGGAGCUGACCACAAUCCAGGUCGCCGUCACCAAGCUUGAGGAAAAGGCUGCAAACUACAACGAAUAUCAGGCUCUGUUCUACGUGCCGGUGCAGUUUGAGUUCCAGGACGUCGAGAAGGCGAAGCAGCUCUUCACCGAGAAGUCUCGGUUGUGGAACCUCAUCAGUGACUGGAAGGCGCAGCUGGAUGUCUGGAAGAAGACCGACAUUACCCAGCUGAAUGUGGAGGAGAUGAACAAAAAGGUCCUGGAGUAUUCGAAGACUGCGUAUCAGCUGACGCGGAGCCUGGAAGGUGACAAGGUGGCCCAGGAAAUCCGGUCCGAGGUCGACGAGUGGAAGGGCAACAUGCCCUGCAUCCUGGACCUCGGGAACCCGGCCUUGAGGGAUCGCCACAGAUUGCGAAUCCGUCAGGAGAUCGACCUCAAGCAAACCGCCGUGUCCCUCACAACCUUGAUUGGGGCCAAGGUCUUCGACAAGAAGGACCACAAGGAGUUCAUUGCUGAAAUUAGCGGCAUCGCCAGCGGAGAGUUUGCACUCGAGCAGCAGCUCGAGAAGGUCAUCGCGGCCUGGGAGGACAUGCCGCUGCCGGUCCAGAACCAUCGGAACCAGCGGGACCCGACUGGGUUGGGGCAGCGCAGCGUGAAGCGGAGCCCGGACAAAGCAUCUCCCUGUAGCUGCUGCUCUGGCUUUCUGGCUGCAGCUUUCUGCCUCGAGGACCUGUGGAUUCUUGGGGACGUUGGUGACAUCAUCACUCAGCUGGAGGAACUCCGCGUGGGGCUUCGUGUGCGUGUGGAGUUGGGGAUGGAACGAAGGAGUUAA